AUGGGGGCUAUCGAAAGCUGUUGCGGUCCUCGCCAGCGCUGCCAAGAAGCUCCUCCGAACGAUCGGCUGGACCGUGCACGCGCGCAGCCAGCUUCUCAAGAAGCUCAGGGACAGAGGUCGCCUGGAGGCCACAGCCUGACGGAGCAAGAGGAUGCGCUAACACAAGGGAAGCCUCUUCAUUCAGCCGAUGGUGCAGCGAGUUGCCCUGCUGAGGAUUCUGAACCGCGUGGUGUUGAAGAGGAGCAGGAGGAGGUUCGUUUGGUGGAGCGAAGCACCUUCAUCUCCUACGAGCCGGUGGCUCCCAGGCUUUUGGCGUUACAGCGCUCGCGCAGCGAGCCUGCGCUCCUCAGCGCUUGCGAGAACGGAGAAGAUGCGGGGCAGGAGCCCCAGGAGCCUCAAAAGCCGCAGGAGCCGGAGCCCCAGCCGGCUCAGCCGGCUCAGCCGGAUCCGGGCAAGUCCUUUGAGCACAUCCACGCCUACUUGCCGUGCCAUCCGACAGAUAGCCCUUUCGAGCCGCCUGCCUAUUGGGAGCUGCCCGCCUGGGCCUGGGAGCGGAGGGCGGUGCGGCGCCGCACCCCGCGCUUCAAGCUGCUGAACGCGAUCCGACAACCGAACGGGGAGACAAAAUGGGUCCCGUUCCCAUGA